AUGGGCGACAGCGUGGCGUGCGGCGGAAAGAGCGUCAGCGGCUGCCACGUGGCUGACCACGUGGUUUUCCGUAGAAUCGACUCUCAGCACAGUGAUGCGCCUUCGUUUCUCCGACUCCCACCAUUGGCCGAACGGAUCGCGACCGCUCCGAAUUUUGGCCCGCGGCAUUCGGGAGAACCGCGUCCGCACCGCGCAUCGACGUGGUCUUCUAAUGCGGCCCACUCGAGGAAUGAAACCGACGGCGGAGAUGCGGGGCAUGGUUGGCACUUGCUAAUCAACGGCGACAGUGAGGCCAAACUGUCGCCAGGUGCGGGAGGCUGCGACAAACCGUUCGUCGUCGCUGCGGACUGUGCGAUCUCAACGACGCCCGCCGCAGCUGUCCCUCAUCUCUCGGCGAGCGACGCUGGCGACACGACACCACGCACCGCGACUUACGGAAACUCCGGGUCGUGCCGCCCGCCUGACACGUGGCACGAUAAGCACCUGCUGUGGUCUCCCUUCGGCGACUCCUUGCUCAUGCCGGGCGCUUCGCCGAGCCUGUCGCCGAGACUGUCGCCGAGACUAUCGCCGAGACUGUCGCCGAGACUGUCGCCGAGUCUGUCGCCAAGACUGUCGCUGGCGGCGUUGGAUAGCGUCGUUUUGGGGGACGAGCUGUGGCGGAGCAUCGAGCGACUCGACGGGCGCAGCGACGACGAAGAGGGAUGCAACGACGAGCGGCGCGGCGCGCAGGAGGGGUGCGGCGCGGAGGAGGGGUGCGACUCCGGCAAUGACGGCGCGACGCCGUGGGACGACGUGGUGAAAGACCUCUUCCCUGAGCUGCAUGCCGCCCAUGAUGCCGCCCAAGAUGCCGCCCAUGAUGCCGCCCAUGACGCCGCCGCGCCUCCGCCUUCGCCGCCGCCGGCCACGUCGGAUAUGGUGUUGCAGGAUUUGGCUAUUCCGUCUCCCCCUGCUCCCCCCUCCCCUCUCUCCGCCUCCCCCUCCCUCUUCGGCUCUCUCCCCGCCGCUAGCAUCGCGCCGCCCCCCUCCGCCUGCGCGCGAGCAGAUUCCCCGCCUCCGGAUGCCGCGCAGCGGCCUCUCGCCGACAGCGAGCCCAUCGGCGACGCGACGAGGCUGGCGCGCGGGGCGUCGCAUACCGCGGGAGCAGCUCCGCCGCUCCUCCACGCGCGGGCGGCUGACGGCCACGACCGCCGCGCUUGCGCACUGCUCGCGCUGCCUUCUGCGGCUGCGCACAUCCCGCCUCCGCCAGGCGCGCAGAAACGGCGGGCGGACGUGCUGGGAAAGGGCGAGGGCGUGCGGACUGGUCUCGUUGAGACGCCGUCUGCCUCGAGACGCAGCGGGGGCGCAAGCGCCACCAGCGCUGGCGGUGGUGCUGAUUGGCAGGGUCCCGUGCACACAGGAGGCGGGAGUGUGAGGCCUGGCCCGCCCUCGCCCCUCCUUCUCCCACCCCUCGCUCUUCCGCACUCCUCUCCCCCUGUCCUCACAACCCCUUCCCCCACCUUUUCAGCGCUCACGCUCCCUUCCCCCCUCGCGCUCCCUACGCCAUCCACGCCCUUCCUGCCUGACCGCGCGCUCCCUACCGCCACUGCACCUCCCCGUCAACCCUCACCCGCGCACCCUCCCGCCAACCCCUCACGCGCACGCAGCCCUGCUACCGCCGCGGGCCACCCCCGGCGCAGUCAAGGAACGGCUGAGAGGCCAGCCUGCGGAGCUUUGGUGGGGACAGCUGUGGGGGGAGGAGCAGCCAUGGGAGGAGGAACAGCAAUGGCAGGGAGAGCAGCAGUGGGCAUCAGGAAAAUCGUGGGCGCACACACAGAGGCGCUGGGAUUGCGAGGAAGCGUGGCUGCCAGGCGCAGGAGAGCCAACAUCAGCAACAGAAUGGGCGUGCUCAAGUCGCUGGUGCCGGGCAGUGCACGGCUGGACACGGCAUCACUGCUGGAGCGAGCAGCAGCCUACAUCUCCUUCCUACACGCACACUCCUUCGCUGCGGGCGCCGGGCACGCUGAGACUCUGCAGGCGCGCUUCACUGACGGGCUGGGUUGGGCGGAUGAUGCGGUGGAGUGCGGUGGAAGUGAUGCCUGUGGUGAUGCUGCUGCUACUGCUGAUGCUGCUGUUGCUGUUGCUG